GACUGGGUGAGGCAGAGGGCUUGCUACUUUUCCCGAGGUUGUGUUUAUCCACGACCACUUCGUCAACUAAGCGAUAGUUUUAUCGUUUUAAUGCGAUAUGAAGGAGCUGUGACGCGGGUCUGGACCAGACAGUAAAGAGAGCGCACAUGCGGCGGCUGCGCCUUUGAAACCCAUCCGACUUUAGGUAUCAUAAUUGCGUUUGGACACACACACCAGCACCAUGCAAAGCGACCAAGCGGGGCCGGCUGGAGCGGAGCUCUCCGAGGAGAAGGCGCUGCGUAAAGAUGCGGAGGAGGAGCAGCCGUCCCGGCCGAAGGGCAUCAGCGCCGUGGCCGUGCUGUGGACGUUUGGGAAAUGUCUGAGCGCCCUGCUGCCCGUCUACCUGGCCGGCUACUACCGUGUGAGCACCAGCCUGCUGGUCUGUGGCAUGAUGGUCUACACGGGAUGGAAACAUGCCCGAGAGGCGAAGGAGGAGCGGCUCAGGUCGGCUCUGCAGCUGCUCGGCAGCGAGGAGGACUACACGAACACCAGACUGUCCAAGAUCAGGCGAGACCUGCCUGCGUGGAUUAACUUUCCAGAUGUUGAGAAAGUGGAAUGGCUGAAUAAGGUCCUGCAGCAGGUGUGGCCCUAUGUAGGCCAGUACCUUGAGAAAUUGCUGGUAGAAACGAUUGCACCAUCUCUCAGAACCUCAAGCAACCACCUCCAGACCUUCAGCUUCACUAAGGUGGACAUGGGAGACAAGGCCAUGAAGGUUGUGGGGAUCAAGGCACACACAGAGAAUGACAAGGGACAAGUCCUGCUGGAUCUGUACAUCAGCUAUGUCGGCAAUGCAGAGAUCAAUGUUGAAGUGAAAAGGUACUUCUGCAAAGCUGGUGUCAAAGGAAUACAGCUACAUGGAAUGAUGCGGGUUAUUCUGGAGCCUCUGAUUGGUGACGUGCCAAUAGUGGGUGCAGUCACCAUGUUUUUCAUCCGCCGGCCUAAACUAGACAUUAAUUGGACUGGAAUGACUAAUUUGUUGGACAUCCCUGGACUGAACGUCAUGUCAGACAGCAUGAUUAUGGAUGCCAUUGCCUCAUUCUUGGUGCUGCCCAACCGUCUGGUUGUCCCACUGGUCCCCGGUUUGCAUGUGGCUCACCUACGCUGUCCUUUGCCCAGGGGUGUUGUACGCAUUCAUUUGUUGGAAGCCCGACAUCUGGCAGCCAAAGAUAACUAUGUGAAAGGGGUCAUGGCUGGGUUGUCUGACCCCUAUGCGAUAUUAAGGGUGGGCCCUCAGACAUUCACCUCCAAACACAUUGAUAACACAGACUCUCCCAAGUGGGAAGAGAUGUAUGAGGUUGUUGUCCAUGAAGUGCCUGGUCAGGAGUUGGAGGUGGAGGUAUAUGACAAAGACACAGACCAGGAUGAUUUUCUGGGAAGAACCACAUUGGAUUUGGGCAUCGUGAAGAAAUCUAUAGCAGUUGAUGAUUGGUUCACUCUGAAAGAAACUCCUUCUGGCCGGGUUCAUUUCAAACUGGAGUGGCUGACCUUGCUGCCUAACACUGAGCGACUCGAGCAGAUCCUAAAGAGGAAUGAAAGCGUCACCAGCAAGAAUUCUGAUCCCCCUUCUUCAGCCAUCUUGGUUGUGUACCUGGACAAGGCUGAGGCACUUCCUAUGAAAAAGGGAAAUAAAGACCCAAAUCCCAUGGUGCAGAUGUCGGUGCAGGAUGUCACGAAAGAGAGCAAGACUUGUUACACUACCAUUAAUCCAGAGUGGGAAGAAGCUUUCACCUUCUUCAUCCACGAUCCUCGCAAACAGGACAUAGACAUUCAGGUGAAGGAUGCCGACCGUGUGCAGACUUUAGGCAGUCUAAUCAUCCCUCUGUCCCGCCUCCUGGCAAAUUCCAAUCUUUGUCUGGACCAGUGGUUCCAGUUGGAAAACUCUGGAUCAGCCAGUCGUGUCUAUGUCAAUGCGAUCCUCAGGGUUUUGUGGUUGGAUGAGGAGAAUAUUUCAUCUGAAGUAUCAUCAAAUCUGGCAGCUGCACCAUCCAAACAGCUGACCCAACACACCGCUCCUCAUCCCAGUUUUGCUACAGAGGGACUGCUUAGAAUUCAUCUUUUGGCCGGCCAGAAUCUCAUUCCUAAAGAUAACCUGAUGGGUGGCAUGGUGAAAGGCAAGAGUGACCCCUACGUCAAGCUCAACAUUGGAGGCGAAACCUUCACAAGUCAUGUUAUCAAGAGCAAUCUCAACCCCACCUGGAAUGAGAUGUAUGAGGUCAUUUUAACCCAGCUUCCUGGGCAGGAGCUGCAUGUGGAGGUGUUUGAUAAAGACAUGGACAUGAAGGAUGACUUCAUGGGGAGGCUGAAGAUCAGUCUCAAGGACAUCAUUGACUCUCAAUACACUGAUCAGUGGUACACUCUCAAUGAUGUGAAGUCUGGUCGGGUUCACCUUGUGCUGGAAUGGGUUCCAACAGCAUCAGAGCCAGACAGAUUGGACCAUGUUCUUCAGUUCUACUCCAGACAGUCCUUCCAGAACAAGGCAGUGCCGUCUGCAGGUCUACUGUUUGUUUAUGUUGAUCAAGCAGAUGGCUUACCGGUCAAAAAGAGUGGAAAGGAUCCAAAAGUGGGGGCAGAGUUAACUCUGGGAGAAAUGUCUCAUAAAACUACGGUGUGUGAUCGUACAACAUCCCCUCAGUGGGAUGAAGCAUUCUGCUUCCUCGUUCGUGACCCCAGAGAGGAUAUUCUUGUUGUUAAGUUCUCCCACACCUGGACGCUGCCCAUUGGUUCUCUGGUUAUUCCUAUUAGAGAGCUGCUUUCUGAACCAGAGCUGUUCCUGGACCAGUGGUUCCAUCUGGAUGGAGCCUCACCCGAGAGCCAGGUCUUACUGAGGACUGAACUCAAGAUGCUGAUUCCUAGCAAAUGCCCUGGUACAACUGAAAAGCCGAAGGUCACUCCUGUGUCAGAUCCUCCCCCAUACACACGUCAACAGGAGACUGACACAAUUGUCAGGUCAAGUUCUGUGGACACCCCUCCUGUGGAGACUAUUGUCUCUUCAGUGACUUUGGAUGAAAAGGAUCAAGCAAAUGAAGCUGCAGCUGAUGUUAAUGAAGAUAUGGUGCACGAUUCACCAAGCCCUGCCAUAACACAACCUGCUCAUACUUCUCCAGACCUCAGCUUUGCCAGUGAGGGACUCCUAAGAAUCAUCCUGUUGGAGGCUCAGGGUCUAGUUGCUAAAGACAACCUGAUGGGAGGCAUGGUGAAGGGCAAGAGUGAUCCUUAUGCCAAAAUCUGUGUUGGAGAGGUCAAUUUUAAAAGUAAUGUGGUCAAGGAAAAUCUCAACCCAGUCUGGAAUGAGAUGUAUGAGUUGGUACUGACGCCUCAGUCAGGGCAGGAGGUGCAACUGGAACUGUUUGAUAAAGAUAUGGAUAAAGACGACUUCUUGGGCAGGUUCAAAAUCAGUGUGUCGGAUGUAAUCCGCUCCCAGUACACAGACCAGUGGUACACCCUGAAUGAUGUGAAGUCUGGCCGUGUUCGUCUGAUACUAGAAUGGGUCCCAACAGUGUCACAUAAUGACACCCUGGACCAGGUGAUGCAGAUGCAGUCUCUCCAGUCUUACCAUAACAAGGCCGUUCCCUCUGCAGCUCUGCUUUUUGUCUACGUGGACAGAGCACAUUUGCUGCCUCUUAAGAAAAGUGGAAAGGAACCCAAAGCUGGAGCUGAGCUUGUCUUUGGUAACACAACUUACCGAACAAAGGUGUGUGAGCGCUCCAGAUCUCCUCAGUGGAGUGAAGGAUUUUACUUUAUGGUUCGUGACCCCGAAGAGGAGAUGCUCAUAAUGAAGUUAUCCAGUGCAUGGGACCAGCCAAUGGGAUCUUUGGUGGUUCCUGUGAGGGAACUGCUCUCUGAACCCCAGCUGGUUCUGGACCAGUGGAUGCAUCUGGAUGGAGCCUUGCCUGAAAGUGAAAUCCUCCUUAGGGCCGAACUCAAGAUUCUUAACACACGAAUGGCAGAAGUCCCGAGGGCCUCUGCAGCUGGCUCAAAGAAAGAAGUUAUCCUCACGCAGGAAGAAAACACACUCAAAGCCUCUACUGAGGAGGAACAUAGCUCUAACCUGGCAACAAAUAAGUCUCCUGCAGUGACGGAUCAUCAUGUUCAUCCUGAAGUAUCAGCGGCAGAUCCUGCAGACUCACUAACAGAGGUUGCUCCUGAUGAACCAGCUGCCAUUCACACCACACUUGAUUCAUUCCCUUCUACUGAAGUGAAAGAGCCAACAGAUACACUUGAGUAUCCCACAGAGUCAAACACAGCUAUUAAAGACUUUGAACCACAGCAAGUCCAGACAGAGGGUACUGGCUUAGACAGUCUAGCGCAAUCCACUGUCACAAGUCUUCCCACUGACACUAUGAGGUCAGCAGAAGUCACAGAAAUCCCCAAAGUUGGUCCAGUUCUUCCACCACACACAGCGCCAAGUCAGGUCUUUGGUAAAGAGGGGUUGCUGAGGAUCCACCUGCUGGAAGCCCAGAAUCUGGUUGCUAAGGAUAACCUGAUGGGGGGCAUGGUGAAGGGCAAGAGUGAUCCAUAUGUCAAGAUCAAUGUUGGGGGGGUAGCAUUUAAGAGCCAUACUAUCAAAGAGAAUCUUAACCCCACAUGGAAUGAGAUGUAUGAGGUGGUUUUAAAUGGGAACAAUGAUCAGGACAUCAAGUUUGAAGCAUUUGAUAAGGAUUUAGAUUCUGAUGACUUCCUGGGAAGAUUCAGUGUUAAGCUAAAUGAGGUCGUCAGAUCACAAUACACAGAUCAGUGGUUCCCUCUGAAGGAUGUGAAAUCUGGACGAGUUCACUUGAUACUGGAAUGGGUUCCCACCGUGUCAAAUUCAGCAGGACUUGAUCAGGUCCUGCAGCUUCAGUCUCUCCAGUGUUAUCAGAACAAAGCUGUCCCCUCUGCAGCUCUGCUCUUUGUUUACAUAGACUCAGCACAUUCACUGCCUUUGAAGAAAAGUGGAAAAGAACCCAAAGCGGGAGCUGAGCUCGUUUUGGGUGACACAACCUACAAAACCAAUCUGUGUGAGCGCAGUACCAGUCCUCAGUGGAACGAGUCUUUCUACUUCCUGGUCCAUGACCCUAAACAUCAGAUGCUUGUGGUGAAGUUGUCCAGUGGGUGGGAUCAGCCGAUGGGUAAUCUGGUGGUCACUGUUAAGCAGCUGCUGGCUGAGCCACAGCUGGUCCUGGACCAGUGGUUCCCCCUGGAUGGAGCCUUACCCGACAGUCAGAUCCUGCUGAGGGCUGAACUGAAGAUUCUGAACUCCAGAAUGUUGGACAUGAUUGAUGCGGGGACUCUGCCCUGUGCUGCCCCGGGACCUGGAAAUGGGCAGCUGAAGAUGACUCUUUCAUAUGCCGGACAAGAGAAAAAGCUUGUUGUCAUUGUCCAUGCUUGCAGAGGUCUGUUGUCACAAGGUAAGGAUGGUGUAGACAGCUAUGUCUCUCUCAUGCUGCUGCCAGAUAAAAGCAAGGCCACCAAAAGAAAAACAGCAGUAAAGAAAAGAGACCUCAACCCAGAAUACAAUGAAAGGUUUGAGUAUGAUAUCCCUGAAGGAGAGACAAGAUUCAGGCGCCUCAGUGUGUCUGUGAAAAAUAAUGCAGCGUCAUUCAGGAGUCCGGACGUCAUAGGACAGGUGCAGAUUGAGUUGGGUUCGAUUGACCUGAAGUCUGGCGUCACACAGUGGUUCACGCUGAGUGACGACGCUGAGUAGAUGUUCUGCUUGCCCAUCUCAUAGUCCAGUGAUGUCAACUUAAUCACUCAACUGUGCACUUGGCUGCUACUCACACUGAUGCCUUCUCCUUCCCACCUCUGAACCGCUGCAGCAGCUUUACCUGCAACCACCAAGCUCACUGUGUACUAGUAUAAAGUAUAAAAAAGUGGAUUGCACCGUUUGUACCUCCCCCCACCAAAGAUAAGGAGAACACAGUAAGUUGAGAAAGAAUACGAUGAUAAGAAGUUACAAUAAAGGGCUAUGUUACUAUUCAAGGAAUUUUUUAAGAUGGAGCCAAGUAAGUGAAAGAUGAAGGAUGAAAGAUGUCAGAUUUCGUUGCCUUGUUGCCAUAAGAACUUUUAAAAUCUUGCUUAAAGUGCAGUUACAUUUUUUUGAUUUUAAGUUUUGUAUUUAUCAGUAAUGAAUAUUGUUACCAUUUCAGUGUUCACAACAUUAAUUUAUGAUAAGCUUGCAGUGUAAUGUGAUUUUAUGUAUACAUACACACACAUAUAUAUAUAUGGGCUAUAAAUGGUCAUUUAUGUCACAGCAAACAGCUUUUAAAAGCACAUUAAGAAAUACUUUUGUACGUUUAUUUUUUACAGUUUAAACAUGCUUUGCUUCACAGUUAUCAUAUUUAAGGUGUGAAAAUGUACAAAGACUGCAUAUCAAUACAAACUGUUAACGAUACAACGCAAAUAAACAGAUUUUGCACACCUCA